GUAAGCCAAAAGAGAGAGGUAGCAGAGGGGUAGUAGUAGUAGGAGUUUAAACGGAAUCUGGGGCAUAAAAAAACCGAGUGUGCAAGAAAAGCAUGGAAACCGAAGCGUUGCAAGAAUCCCUAAUCAAUUCCUUCAGCGAGAUCACCUCCUCUUCCAAGCAAGAAGCCAGUUUCUUCUUGGAAUCCCACAAUUGGGAUCUCGACGCCGCCGUUUCGACUUUCUUGGACAACAACAUCAACAACAACGACGUCAACACCACCACCACCACCACCAACACGUCCAUCGCCGUCUCCGGCACCGUCGUCCCCCCGAUCCCUACCUCUGGCUCUCCGUCCCCGUCCCAAUCCCCCGAUUACACCCCUUCGCGUUCUCCGUCGCGCUCUCGCUCCGUUUCACCCUCUCCUUCUCGGCUUCCCUACGAGCUGCGUUCCAGACGCGCCGCCGGUGGGACCGACAACAAGGCCGAUAAAAUGCCGUCCGGUACCCGUUCCCGUGGAAUACGUACGCUUGCCGAUCUUAACCUGCCGGCCCAUGAUGGUUCCGGAAGUGACUCGGAUGAGCCUCAGGAAUAUUACACGGGCGGUGAGAAAAGUGGAAUGCUUGUCCAGGAUCCUACCAAAGGUGAUGAUGUAGAUGCACUUUUUAAUCAAGCUAGUCGGUCUGGAGCUGUACCAGGACCUGCUGAGCACUUUCAUCCUUCUUCCAGUACAAAAAGCUUUACUGGAACAGCAAGGCUGCUCUCAGGAGAGACGGUCUCGGCUGCCCCUCCACCACCUGAUGAAGUAACCCACACCAUUACUUUCUGGAGGAAUGGAUUUUCCGUAGACGAUGGUCCGUUGCGGAGGUUGGAUGAUCCAGAAAAUGCCCCCUUCUUGGAGAGCAUAAAAAAUUCCGAGUGUCCACAAGAGCUUGAACCAGCAGAUAGGAGGACAGCCGUCCAUGUUCGGUUGAUGAGGCGGGAUGAAGACUACCCUAAACCAGUGAAGCAACACACCCCUUUUCAGGGUUUGGGAAGAACUUUAGGUAGCACCAGUAGCACAUCCUCGGCUUCCUCCGAGCCAACUGCUGCUGCCAUUUCAUUGAACACUGCUCCAUUACCAUCAAUGGGUUUAGUUGUAGACGAGUCGUCACCAUUGACCUCUGUUCAGCUAAGAUUGGCAGAUGGAACACGCAUGGUUUCUCGCUUCAACUACUAUCAUACAAUCCGAGAUGUCCGUUCUUUCAUUGAUGCAUCAAGGCCUGGUGGGCCAAGAAGUUACCAACUGCAGGCAAUGGGGUUUCCUCCCAAGCAGCUCAAUGAUCUGGACCAGACGAUAGAGCAGGCUGGCAUAGCAAAUUCAGUUGUCGUUCAAAAACUCUAGCAGGUUUACAUAUUUGCAAGGCAGGUCAAACUUCAUUUGAAGCCUUAGACAGAGAAAAAAAUGGAACCUUUUAAACAUACAGCAUUUUAUAUAAAUAAUAUUGAUUAAUUUCCAUCAA